AUGAUGGGACAUGCUGAGGCUGCUGUAGAGCCAGACGUACUUCAAGACCGUGUUUUCGUGGUUUCGCUCAUCCGAGUGCUGACCGAUACCUUCGGAUCCUCAAAGGACCUGUACCACAAACUAAAGCAGAAGCCUGAUUCCGAUGAUGAACAUGAGAACAUGGAGGACGCCAAACAAAGUUCAAGUCGAGGCCGCCAAGAUUCCCACUCAAACCUCAGCGAAGCUCUUGGACGUCACGUAAGAUGGAGCCUGGACAGAAGAGACAUGCACCGCAGUGAUAGCGAGGACAAGCUCAUAUGCACCGCUUCCUCACAGGUGCAGACCACAUAUGACCAUGGAUAUCGGAAGCUAGGUGAAGUCUACGCGCGAGGAGACAAUAUUGCGAAGAUCCAACUCCAAUCGCACAUCAUCAAGCUCCAGCAAACCUUGAUCAGGAUCCAUCAAGACCUCAUGCUAAGCAACUACCUCGCCGUCUCGUCAUCACAUUCACAGCGCAUCCAGCUAGUCCAGACAGUACGCACAACGCGCGCGGGUGCAAUCCAAGCACUCGAUCUGCUGUGCCAGCGCUUAUUGGCGAGUCCGCCAGGACAAGGCCCAAACCCGCAUCCGCCCAUGCCCGGAGCAUUUCCGCAGCCGCCUCGAUCACGACGCAGCAGCAGCAGCUCCAGCUCAUCGGACUCCCACACACCAGUGCCCUCGAAACCGCCCACGAAACCAACCCCAACCAUCAACGAGCUCUUCUGCCGCUACGCCCUCGAGCUGCAGAACCACCCGCGUCGCCCUCUCUCCCAGAACUUCACUCUCGGCGGCAGUAACCGUUGCCCAAUAUGCUGUAGCCUUGUUCCCAUCCGACCGAACAAAGCCUGGGAAGUAAUCGUCGACAGCGCCGGACGACGAUCAAGAGGCAACCGCUUUCUGGUUAGAAACCGAUUCGUCAUCAAAUGCCACCGCGCCAGCGGAGGCUUUGCCUGCAUUCUGUGCGCGAGCCACGGGGACGCAGAUACGGUGUGUCGAUCGCUGGAGGCGCUGAUGGAGCAUUUAUGGAAGGAGCAUACGAGCGAGGACAUGGAAAGGGAUUGUGAUAUCGUCGAGUGUUGA